CGGGUAGCAAACCUUACAAUAAAGGACAACUCACACAUAUUUAUCUUAGUUGACACAGAAAAGUGACAGGUGCUAAAACAGACGGUUUCACGACAUCUGCGAUGCGACUGUAUCAGCCAAUCCGCCUACCCAGGUCCUCUAGCCUUGCUGCCUGAGGGUAUUACGGCGUCGAGUAUAUUUGAACGUCAACAUAUCCAUCUCCUCUUUCCAACUUUAUGGAUUCUUCUUCUGAAAUUAUGUUCGCUAUACAAGUUCGAGAUGGCCAACGAAUUAGUGUGCGCAAAUUGCUCCGGGGUUGGGAGCCAGAGCUGUUCAUAUUGCCGACUAGUACUAUAUUGCAAUAGCAACUGCCAAAGACUUCACUGGCCGACGCAUAAGGCAGAUUGUCGAAAUAACCCCUUAUUGAAACCGAAUUGGCGCCCUCGAUGGGAGACGGAAUAUCGCGAGCCCGCUUUUAUGGGCGGUCCCCGUCUUCAGGUAUUCAACUAUCAGAUGAAAUACCUCUGGGGUAACAUGCCCGCAUUCGAUUUACUCAACAUCCCGUCGAAUGAGGGCGUCGACUACGCCAAACCAUUGAGCCUCCUCUUUGCCGCUUCCGGAGAUAUCCGAAAUGUCGUGAAGACCAUCACCUCCCUCCCUAAAGGUUUCCGAAGCCCCAUGAGCAUCUACUUAAACGAUAGGGACGGAGAUGUCGUCGGUCGGAACGCUAUCAUGUUGCUUCUAGCACUGGCAGAAGACGACUCAAGCGUUGUAGUCGAGAAUAUAGUCCACUUGUGGUACUCUGCAUUUAUCCCCCAAUCGCUCUACGAUAUACUAAGAGGGAAGAUCCACGACUUGGUUCAGGACGUCUGUUCCAAGAUCGCACACAAGGCACCGAAUGCACCUAUGGGGAAGACAUGGAUAUUUGGUUCGAGGUCCCUUCGGCUCGUCUUGACCAAGAAGCAAUGGUCCGAUCUACUCGCCAGCCUAGAGGUUCCAGCUGGUCUCACGACUAAGAAAGCGCAGGAUAUUCGCCGGGCCAUCACCAUAGCUCCGCAGAGGGUAGAUCAUAGAGAACGAAGAUACUUUGCGCAAACCCCCGGGGACCGUGCCAGCGCUCAGAAGUUUCGUGAAGAUGGGAUCGUCAUUCCAUUCGGUGCAUCUCGAGAUCCGUUCACAGUGCCGAACCCUACUCUCUUCCGCAACACCAGUACUUGGCCCUUAAAAGACGAUGCGGAGCCUCUUAGUGGUUGGCUCAAGUCAGAGGUCUUAGCAGUGUCAACUGGUAGCGCUACCAACGAUGUAUACGGUAAACUCAGCUUCCUCCUCAAGGACCUUCUCAUCGAUUUCCAUGGCCGCCUGAAGAACAUGAAUGUCGCGUUCCAAUUGUCAAAUAUCAACGCCGAAGGGUUGUCUGGCCACCUCGGCCAGAGCGUCACAUUCGAUCGCAUUGAGGUCUCGAACAUAUCCGACGCGGGUUAUCUGGGAAUGGCGAAGGUCAUAGGGUUCAUCGGCCCACUCUUAAAACCGCGCAAUGAGAACCCCCACGCCACUCUAGUCGCUCUAUUCCUCAAUGCGGUCGAUGAAAUAUUCGAUGACGACGAAAAACGCAAGGUCAUCAAACGCGAAAUGGGACUGGUGUACAAGUACCUGCCUAUGCAAAUGCCCACCGGACCAUACGAUGCGAAUAUCAUCAUCAGUGACGUUGCGACUCAACAAAUCCGUGAUGUUGACAAGUACUUUAAUAAGUAUAUGCAGCUCCAUUGCUUUCCCAACAUCGUCGAGCUGUCGGGUAUGGACUUUAAGAAGAAGCACACCAUCAUUGAUCCAUGGCCGAUGAGGUUAAAGAAGAAAUCCCACCAGAAAGGGGCCAAAGAGGAAUUCGAUCUCUUAUUAUCAUCCGACAAUUCUGGAUGCGAGCGAUACAUGGAGUGGCAGUUUAGGACGUAAUGAUUGAAUUAGAGAAGCUCGAAGGUUGGUGACUGUGUUCUUGGUGGAACGUCUCGGCGAUAAUUGGUUCCAAAAGUAUGCGUCAAGUUGGGAAUAAAUUCAUAGUUCCGAUUCGUACACUGCGCCGGAUAUGAGCCUGAAUAGGUGCAUGAAAAUGUGGACAUGUGGCUUACAUCUAGACUAGCAAACGUGUUGCCAAUUGACACGUCCUAGUCGGGCAGCAAUGCCGACUCAACGCCAGGUCAGAGUCGGAGAGCA